GACUGCGUCUGCGAUUGCGACUGCGAUUGCGAUUGCGUCUGCGAUUUUGAUUGCGACUGGCUACUGUCCAAUCACGAUUACUGCUGCCGCGGUGGCGCAGUUUACGCUUUUCGUUGAUCGGAAUUCGUGUGACCUGUCACAACAGACCGAACAGACCAACGGAAAGCCGCGUUGUUCACUGAUCUAUAUUAUAACUAGAUUAGUGGCGUUGUUACAUUUAUAUGCGAUAAUAUGCGGCGUAGCUUUUCUCGAUACCUUUGCCGAUGCCGCCGCGUUGUAUCUCCUGAAAGAAAGGCUAACUGAGUGAAUCGUUUUCCUGAUCGCCGACAUAGAGCUCACCGACGACAAUUUGGUAACGUUGAGCGAAUAUCUGAAAUACACACUCAGCCCAGACGUCCAGCCGAGAAGUUUCUGGAGUCGGUGGAAGUCAAUCAGAAUUAUCCUUUACUACUACUUCAUUUGGUGGACAAGUCUGAGAUUAACAUCACGAUUAGGAUUGCCGGCGCAGUUGCAUUUAAAAGAAUUAUGUUAAGCGCAACUGGAAAGUGAAGGAGGAUUCAGUGGAUUGUAUACAUGCCCAAGACAGAGAUGCCGUCAAGAAACUAAUCGUUAAUCUGAUGUUAUAUUCACCAGAUUCGAUACAAAAGCAGUUGUCUGAUGCAGUAUCUAUCAUUGGAAAAUAUGACUUUCCAAACAAGUGCCCAGAAUUGAUUGAUCAGAUGGUAGAGAAGUUCAACACUGGCGAUUUUCAUGUGAUCAAUGGAGUCCUACACACGGCGCAUUCCUUAUUUAAGAGAUAUAGAUACGAAUUUAAAAGCGGGAGCCGCGGCAUCGGCAAAGGUAUCGAGAAAAGCUUGGUGAUAUUCGUUUGCAUUUGGCGCAAGGCCUUGGAAGAUUAUUGCCAGGAUUGGUGGGCCAGAUACCCGAAGCAAACGCGAAUCACUUGAGAAAUUAUCUCCAAACUGCUGGUAUUACUGUUGCAUAAUACGAGCUAGAUGUUCAAAACAAACUAAAAAUCCAUUUGAUAGCUCAAAAAAUGAACAAUAUUGAACUUAACAAAUUGUAAUUAAAGAAGAAUCCUUUUUAUACAGCGUCAUCCUCAGGAAAUAUGGAUCCAAAUUACUUACAGCGAUUGAGAAUAAAUAUAAGAAAGAAAAAGAAAAUAUGCGCAUUGUUGGGAUUUUUGAUUAUAAAUCAUUAUUACGAGAGUAAUCUUCGUCGCAGAACAACAUGGGUGAAGCCAUGGGUGGCAAGGAGAAAGGACCAAGGUUGUCAUCACAAUCUUUUUUUAGAAUUGCAGUUAGAGGAUCCAGAUAAAUUUCGAAGAUGUCUUCGAAUGAGUGCAGAUAUAUUUGAAGAUCUUGUUACCAAGGUAACACCUUUAAUUCAGAGACAAGACACGCAUCUCAGAGAAAGCAUUUCACCUGCUGAGAGGCUGUCAGUAACAUUACGUCACUUAGCAACUGGUGAAUCUCAAGAGUCCCUUUCAAUGAAUUUUAGACUUGGACAGAGUACCAUUUCAGGGAUAAUAAAAGAUACAUGUCGUGCUUUAAAAAUUGUCCUUCAAGAUGACUACCUACAAAUGCCUGAUUCUGAAGAUGCGUGGGAAGUGGUGGCUCAAGAUUUUGCAGAUAGAUGGAAUUUUCCACACUGUCUUGGAGCCAUGGAUGGCAAACAUUGCCGCAUUGAUCCACCUUUACAAUCUGGGUCUCUGUAUUACAACUAUAAAGAGACGUUUAGUAUUGUUUUGCUUGCUCUUGUUGACGCUCAACUUAGAUAUAUUUACAUCGAUGUCGGUACUAAUGGCCGAGUAUCUGAUAAAGGAGUGUGGAACAAAUGCACAUUCAAGAACCUCCUGGACAGAAAUAAACUCAAAAUUCCUGAGCCAAGCCCUCUACCAGAAACUGACAACGAUUUUCCGUUUGUUAUCGUAGGAGAUGAAGGUUUCACAUUAUCUGAAACGGUACUUAUACCUUUUCCUAAAGAACAAUGUUCGGGAAACAGAGAUAAAAGAACUUUUAACUAUAGAGUGUCUCGUGCCAGAAGAUGCUCCGAAAAUGCAUUUGGCGUCAUGGGCAGUCGUUUCCAAAUUUUCAGAUCUCCAAUGAGAUAUGAUCCGGACGAUGCCCGUGAUAUUAUAAUCGCAAUAUGCUGUUUGCACAAUAUGCUUCGCACUGAUGUUAUUGGUCGUGCCAUGUACACACCAUCAUCAUAUAUAGAUGUAGAAAAUGAAGAGGCAGGACAUCUUUGUCCUGGUGACUGGAGGAAUGAACAGGCCCGAGGCUUGGUAAACUUUCGAAAUCAAGGAGGCUAUCGACAUGCGAAUCGCGCUUUAGCUUUACGAGAAAUGUGGUGUGAAUAUUUCAACGGUGUGGGAGCAGUGCCAUGGCAGGAUAGAGCUGUGGAUCAUUAAAUAACUAAAUAGCUGAAGAAAGCAUGGAUUUAACAGCUGCCUUUAGAUUAUAUCCCUGUCAAGCAGCCAGUCUUCGCCAGUCUUCAUUGAGACUGAUCGGGGCACAAAAGAGAAGGUCAGGUUCUUCGACACAGCUGGGCUGGAAUCUCUACAGAGCAAUAUAAAUAAUCAGCAGCUUCCACGACACUAUCUUGGCUUCGCCGACGGCUAUGUCCUGUUGUACGACACUGGCAAACCCGAAUCUCGAUGUGCUCUUCCCGCUGAAGAAGGACAUCAACAAGAAUAAGGAUAAGAAGGAGAUAACUGUGAUCGUGAUUGGUAAUUGAACGACGAAAACCGAUACCGGGUUGAAUAACUUGGAGAACACUGUGAGCAAAGCGGCUAACUGGUGCACCAGAGAGAAAGUUAAGCAUUACGAUGUGAAUACCAUGAAUAGACCUACUCUAUUUGAGGCAUUCGUGCAUUUGUCGUCUAAGCUCUUAAUCCUCCCGCUAAUAAAAGGUACAUUUUCGCAAUUAAGUAUGGGUAGGAAGACUGUCAAGACCGAAGCGCAGUGAUGCUUGGUUAGAAAUUUAAUCAAUGUUGAUUCGGAUAACAGCAAUAUGAGUCCCUUGUGAAUUUUGUACUCAGAUAUAAUGUAUUUAACGAUAGUUAAACGCUACAAUAAAGAUAUGUUUUGAGAUCUCAAUGGUA